AAAAGAUUCGAUUUUUCUGUUGGAGAAAGAUCGAUCAGGCACAUAGCUCGCUCGCGUGGGGGUGACGAGUCCACCCGACAAAUCCGGCGUCCGUACCGCAAUGCAGAACGACGGCGCCAACGCCGACGACGAUGGCCGGCAGGCGCCGCCGCCGGACGCGUGGAACUUCGCGCCCAACGAGGCCCUCCUGCGCCUGUCGGCUUUAUCGGUGCGCGCCGUGCUGGGCAAGGUCAAGUCCGGGAUAAUGGCCGACAACCCGACCAUCGCCGACAGCCGCCCGGUGAUCCCGCUGGGCCACGGCGACCCGUCAGCGUUCCCCUGCUUCAGCACGGCCCCCGAGGCGGUCUCCGCCGUCGCCGCCGCGCUCCUCUCGGGCCGCCACAACUCCUACUCCAGCGGCGUCGGGCUCGAGCCGGCGCGCCGCGCCGUGGCGCGCCACCUGUCCGAGGACCUGCCCUGCGAGCUCUCCCCCGACGACGUAUUCCUCACGGGCGGCUGCUCGCAGGCCAUCGAGGUCGUCUGCUCGGCCCUGGCCCGUCCCGGCGCCAACCUCCUGCUCCCGCGGCCCGGGUACCGCUUCUACGAGGCCCGCGCCGGGUUCAACGGCAUGGAGGCCCGCUACUUCGGCCUUUUACCGGAGCGCGGCUGGGAGGUCGACCUAGAAGCCGUGGAGGCCAUCGCUGACGGGAACACCGUCGCCAUGGUUAUCGUCAACCCCGGGAACCCCUGCGGCAACGUCUACACCUACGACCAUCUCGCCAAGGUUGCGGAGACGGCGAGGAAGCUCGGCAUCUUCGUGAUCGCGGAUGAAGUGUACGCGCACUUGACGUUCGGGAAGAACGGGUUCGUUCCCAUGGGCGUGUUUGGCUCCGUGGCUCCGGUGCUCACGUUGGGGUCCAUCUCCAAGAGAUGGGUGGUGCCUGGAUGGCGGCUUGGAUGGAUCGUGACCAAUGAUCCUAAUGGUGUAUUUCAGAGGACCAAGCUUCUGGCAAGUAUUAAGAGUUACCUUUAUGUCACGUCCAGUCCUGCAACAUUUAUCCAGGCCGCACUUCCAGAACUGCUGGAGAACACAAAGAAAGAAUUCUUCGACAAAACCAUUGACAUUCUGAGGCAAACUGCAGAUAUAUGUUGGGAGAAGCUCCAGGGCAUCAAUGGCAUAACUUGCCCAAGCAAACCUGAGGGUUCCAUGUUUGUAAUGGUGAAACUGGAUCUGUCCUGCCUGCAAGACAUCGAAGACGAUAUGGACUUCUGCUGCCGGCUUGCAAAAGAAGAGUUAGUGGUUGUUUUGCCAGGAUGUGCUGUGGGAUAUAAGAAUUGGCUCCGAGUUACCUUCGCAAUUGGACCGUCUUCGCUCAAAGACGGCCUUGACAGGCUCAAGUCUUUCUGCUUGCGACACAGCAAGUCAAAGAAAGUGAUAUGAUGUGAUCACAAUGUUCCCUGCAAAAUUAGGCACCUGCUUUCCUAUCAAGAACCAAGAUCAUGUCAAGUUCAGUCAAAGCUACUUGAAAGAUUCAGAACAGCUAUCGACUCCACUCGAGGUGAUACACUUUCAUGUAUUAAGUCCAUGCCGAGCUUGAGCUCAGCUUCUUUGUCUCGUCUACAAUUCUUGUUGUAACGCCCAGUUGUGUUAUUCUUGUUGCAUUCUGGAAUAAAGAAUAAAUUGUAUGAAAACAACCUUUUAAGUAGCAUUUAACUCUGUCCUCAUUGUACUUCUACACAAAACAUGAAUCAGUUGUGUUAGUUGCGUGUUUCGACCUUAUA